CUGUUUGCGAAUGGGGAACUUAGCAAAACGACUGCCGCUCAAGGGCUCAUUGAAGUUGGGAAAGGAGAGCUGAAGGGGGUUAUGUGACACCCUGUCUGUACCCUCGGACACACACUGGGCCAGAGGCCUCAGCGUUGGAACAUGGCAAGUCCUGAGCACCUUGGGAGCCCUGAAUGGAGGGGACCUGGAUCCCAGGGCAGUGCAGUAACCAAUCAGGAAGUAGUCACGGACCCUGAGGUCUGGAGACCAGGACCAGAUGAGCAUGCAGGUGCUGGUGGCAGCCCCUGCCCCAACUCCAGCAUGACCACACGGGAGCUGCAGGAGUACUGGCGGGGCGAGAAGUGCUACUGGAAGCAUGUCAAGCUGCUCUUUGAGAUCGCUUCAGCCCGCAUUGAGGAGAGACAUGUCUCCAAGUUUGUGAUGUACCAAAUCGUCGUCAUCCAGACAGGGAGUUUUGACAGCAACAAAGCCAUCCUGGAAAGGCGCUACUCGGAUUUUGAGACGCUGCAGAAGAACCUCCUGAAGGCUUUCCCUGAAGAGAUCGAAGACAUCGUCUUCCCCAAGAAACACCUGCUGGGCAACUUCACAGAGGAGAUGAUCUCCGAGCGCAAGUUGGCCUUCAAGGAGUACCUGGGCCUGCUCUACUCCAUCCGCUGCGUGCGCCGCUCCCGCCAGUUCAUCGACUUCCUCACGCGGCCGGAGCUGCGGGAGGCCUUUGGGUGCCUGCGCGCGGGCCAGUACGCCAAGGCCCUGGACAUCCUGCUGCGCGUGGUGCCGCUGCAGGAGAAACUGACCGCGCACUGCCCGCUGCUGCAGGUUCCCGCCCUGUGCGCCGUGCUGCUGUGCCACCGCGACCUCGAGCGCCCCCUGGAGGCCUUUGCGGCCGGAGAGCGGGCCCUGCAGUGUUUGCAUGCGCGGGAGAGCCACCGCUACUACGCGCCGCUGCUGGAUGCCAUGAUCGGCCUGGCCUACGCGCUGGGCAAGGACUUCGUGGUCCUGCAGGAGAGGCUGGAGGAGAGCCAGCUGCAGAAGCCCAGUUCCUUAACCCUGAAGGAACUCACCGUCAGGGAGUAUCUGUCGUGAGAUACCCCUGGAUGGCUGCCUGGCACGCAGGAGCUCUGGAAUUAGCCUUCCUUGUGACUUUUCUGUUCAGUUGAGAAGUUCCACAACUGAGCCAAACAGAAGCACUUCCAGACAUUGCUGGAAGCUUUGAUGGCUAUUUUCUGUCCCUCGGGAUGGAUACAAGACCUGCUUCAUCUCCAAAUAAGAAAUCUGGCCCCCCAAAUCCUGGAGAGCAAUGUCAUCCCACCAACAGGAUUGUAGGUAGCUGGAAAGGAGGUUUCCUAUAAAGCCUAGUCCAUUUCCUCAUAGAAACCCCUCUCCAGCCCAUCUCUGUACCUGCUUGCAAAUGUUCUAACCUACAGGUCUCAAUAUCCUAGCUCUUUCUUCCAUAUGUGUGAACCCAAUUCACAAAGCAAAAGCUUGCCUUCUGCCCCCAGUCCUGUGCCUGCUUUGCCCCAGGGGUUAGCUGUUUGCCAUCCAUUGUAGGGGAGGGAUGACUAGACUAGAAUGCAGUCAUGUCAUCAGAUUCUGUGAUGGGAAGCAUUUUUCGCAAGGGAAGUUGCCAACUUGUCUCUGGUUAAGAUGAUGUAAUGCCCCUGAAGGGUGGAUAUUCACUUGACUAACCUUGAUAUUCCUUGACUAACCAAGGAUGGGAGAAGAUACUGAAUGGGCCUGCCAGGUUGAAAAGAUAUUGAAUUCUCAGCACUUCCCCAUUUUAGUGGCAGUGUUCUUAGAACCUCACUGAUGAACUGGCGUGUCCUUGUCUGGAGUCUGCUGCCAGCAGAAGACACCGUGGGCUUGGAGCAGAAGGGAGUCUGCAUCAAUGACCUGGGUUCAACUGAGGAGCUGGUUCUGUACCACAGGUCACUCGCUGCGUGCUGGAGGCUGGAAGUCCCUGAAGAUUUGAUCCACCUGGCCUAGCCCAGCAGUCUGAACCAAAGAAGAUGUAACAUGGGUCUGGGUGGUGGCACACCUGGUUGAGUGCACAUCUUACCAUGUGAAGGGAUCUGGUUUUAAACCCCUGGUCCCUAUCUGCAGAUUCAUAAGCAGUGAAGCAGGUCUACAAGUGUCUCUCCCUCUCUCUCCGUCCCACCCCUCUCAAUUUCUCUGUUCUAUCAAGUGAAAUGAAAAAUAAAAAAAGGGAAAAAUG